AUUGCAACCAGAAACAGCGCAAAAUCAUUGCUUCGCUGAAUUUUGCUACAUUUUCACAAAUUUCCUGAUAUUUUUCAAGAUUUUUGUGAUAAAAAGGAAAAUAUGCCAACUAGAAGGUUAAAUGAUAAUAGAAGGGUAGCACUGGUCGUCAGGGCAAGUAUCGCUCUGUGUCUAAGACUCGAAAGGAUUGAAAGAGAAUAUGAGAGAAAAUUGGAGAAAAGAAUUCAACAGUACAAUGAUUUUCUAGAAUAUAAAAGGAAGAUCAACGCACAAGGAAAUCUCCAACCUAAACUUAAUGUUACCACUGGAUCGACACGAUCUGGUAGAGGGCUUACAUUUACCAGCCCAGUCCGACCAUCUGAACAGGAUGUGAAUGCCGAUUCUGGUCACCAAGAGGAUGCCGACUCUGGUCACCAGGAAGAUGCCGACUCUGAUCACCAGGAGGAUGCCGACUUUGGUCACCAAGAGGAUGUCGACCCUGGUCACCAGGAGGAUGACGACUAUGAUCACCAGGAGGAUGUCGACUCUGGUCACCAGGAGGAUGCCGACUAUGAUCACCAGGAGGAUGUCGACUCUAAGAAGAUCAAAGCUGGAACUCUAAAAAAUCUUCUGGACAAUUUAGAUUUGGCUGAAGAAAAUGGGAGCCACGAAUGUCACGAUAAAUCUUCUGAAAAAGGAAUUAAAGCCACUAGAUUCCAGAGAUUUAGAAGAGGUUUAAAGUCACUUAAGAAAAGAAUUGUACGCUCAAUGAAACCAUUAACAUCUUGUUUUAGUUUAAAAUCUACCAAUACUGCAAAUUAAUUGAGUUCAGAAUAUGAUUGACCCCAAGGUCAGGUUGAGAGCAUGAUUGACCCCGAGGUCAGGGUUUAGAGUAUGAUUGACU